AUGUCCAGCUACCCGGAGCCGGAGGACGGGGCAGCGGCGGCGGGGACCCGGCCGGCCCCGGACACCACGGGCCGCGGCGGCGGCGGAGGCCGAGCGUCGUCCCGGGAACCGGAGGAAGCGUCGUCGAGCCCGAGCCGAGGCGGGACGGGGAGCGGCGGAGGCCCCGAGAAGCCGGACCCGGCUCAGAAGCCCCCGUACUCGUACGUGGCGCUGAUCGCCAUGGCGAUCCGCGAGAGCGCCGAGAAGCGGCUGACGCUGUCGGGCAUCUACCAGUACAUCAUCGGCAAGUUCCCGUUCUACGAGAAGAACAAGAAGGGCUGGCAGAACAGCAUCCGCCACAACCUCAGCCUCAACGAGUGCUUCAUCAAGGUGCCGCGCGAGGGCGGCGGCGAGCGCAAGGGCAACUACUGGACCCUCGACCCGGCCUGCGAGGACAUGUUCGAGAAGGGCAACUACCGCCGCCGCCGCCGCAUGAAGCGGCCCUUCCGCCCGCCGCCCACCGCGCACUUCCCGCCGCCCAAGGCCUUCUUCGGGCCGGGCGGCGCGGCGGCGGCGGGCGGCGCGGGCGGCCCGGGCGCCGCCUGCGGGGUGGGCGCUUUAGGAGCCGGCGGUGGCGGCGGCGGCGGCGGCCUGAUGCCGGGCGCCGUGGAUGGGUAUGGGUACCACCAUCACCACCACCAUCACCACCACCCGUUGGGCCCCCCCAAAUACCUGCAAUCGGGGUUCCUCAACAACUCGUGGCCGCUGCCCCAGCCGCCCUCGCCCAUGCCCGGUUACGCGUCCUGUCAGAUGGCGGCGGCGGCGGCCGCGGCGGCGGCGGCGGCGGCGGCGGCCGCGGCCUCCACCGGACCCGCCGCCGCCGCCGCCGGGGGUCCCGUCGCCGGGGGUGGAGCGGCGGCGGCCGCCGUGGUGAAGGGGCUGACCGGCCCCGCCGCCGCCGCCGCCACCUACGGGCCUUACUCCCGCGUGCAGGGCAUGGCGCUGGCCCCCGGCGUGGUGAACUCCUACAACGGCCUGGGAGGCCCACCGACCGCGCCCCCGCCGCCGCCGCCGCCGCCGCCGCCGCCGCCACCUCCGCCUCCGCCGCCGCCGCAUCAUCUGCCUCCUCCGCCAGCCCCGCCGCCGCCGCACCACGGAGCCGCCGCGCCGCCCCCCGGGGGUCCGCUGAGCCCCGCCAGCCCCGCCGCCGCCGCCGCCCCGGGCCCCGCGGCCCCCGGCGCCCCCGGCCUGCAGUUCGCCUGCGCCCGGCAGCCCGAGCUCGCCCUGAUGCACUGCUCGUACUGGGACCACGACGGCAAGGCGGGCGCGCUGCACCCGCGCCUGGACCUCUGA